CCGGUAUCAGGGACUCAGUUAUCUGUAAAAUUCGUUGUUGUAAACAUUUAUUGCCAGUUUUUACAAGUUGUGUUUCCGCAGUUAUUCUUGAAUAGAAUUUUUUACGCUAUUAUCAUCUUACCGAUUUUAUUUUAAUAAAAUGGCAUCUAAAGAAAAUACAGUGGAUGCCGCUAAACCAAAUGCUGGAACUUCUAGUGCUGGCAACCCGCAAUUUCAGCAAGAAUACAUAGUUAAGAUGCCAAAGAAUAAAUCAAAGCGUUUCAAUGUUAUGCGCUUCAGCAAUUCUCACAAAGUGGACGUUGCAAAAUGGACUCAGGUGAAAAUGGAAAGAGAAAAUAAUUUAAAAGAGUUCAAAGCUGAUGAAGAUUUACCAAAAUUUGGUGCUGGAAGUGAAUUUGGGAGGGAGCAACGAGAGGAGUCUCGGCGUAAAAAGUAUGGAAUUGUGUCAAAAAAAUAUAAUCCUGAUGACCAGCCAUGGAUUUUAAAACUUGGAGGAAAAGGUGGAAAAAAGUAA